AACAUAAUGGGCCAUUUUGUCAUUUUCUCUUCCAAAUCCAAACCACCAACCAUAAAUUCCCCUUUCUUUCAAUUCUUGAACCUCCAAUAUUAUACGUUACCAUCAAAAAGAUAUCCAUUCGAGUAUUGACCACCUAACAACAAUGUCCAACUAUGGCAACAACAAAGCAACACCAUAUUCACCUUCAGCACCACCACUUUACAACCCAAAUGAACCUCCAAUAGCCCAUCCAUAUCACCCUCCUUCUCAAUCUUCAACAAAUUAUUCAUAUCAAAAUUACCCUCAGUCUCAGUUUCAGCAACAAACAACUGGUUAUGGACCUAGUUCUUCUUAUGGGUAUUACCAAACAACUCCAAAUUAUGCUCCUCCUUCUUUUCCACCUGGAACUGACCCACAAGUUAUUCAGAGUUUUCAAAUGGUGGAUAAAGACCAUAGUGGAUUUGUUGAAGAUAAAGAGUUACAACAAGCUCUUUCUUCUGGUUAUCAAAGGUUUAGUCUUAGGACUAUUCGUUUGCUCAUUUUCCUCUUCAAGAAUCCCUCUGAAUACUUUCCAAGAAUUGGACCAAAGGAAUUUGCUGCACUAUGGAGUUGUCUUGGUCAAUGGAGGGCCAUUUUUGAGAGAUUUGACAGAGAUCGAAGUGGGAAGAUUGAUGCAACAGAACUAAGGGAUGCUCUCUACAGUCUUGGAUACAUGGUGCCACCUUCUGUUCUUGAAGUUUUGAUUUCCAGAUAUACUGACGGAAGUGGUCGGAGAACUGAGCUAUGUUUUGAUGGUUUUGUCGAAUGUGGAAUGGUUGUGAAGGGCUUGACCGAAAAGUUCAAGGAGAAAGACACGCGUUAUACUGGCUCGGCAAAACUGAGCUAUGAUGAGUUCAUGUCCAUGAUCCUACCUUUUAUUGUGUCAUACUAGGAUGUUAAAUCCAGUUCUCAUUUCAUUUAUUGUUCGUUUGGCAGUUUUGGAGGGAAUUUCUAGAGUUGGUUGUGUACAAUAUUGUGAUCCUGAAAUUGUACAUGUACAAGUCUUUUCAUGACAAUACUUGUUCAUGUGUAUUUUGAAGUUCUGAUCAUCUCCUUAUUCUAUGAUAAUAACAAAGCAGGCGUUGUUCAA